CGCUUCGGUUAACAAAGUAAUUCAGUACUGACUGCUUGGAUACUGAUUUAUAUAUAAUUGGCAAAAUGGUCGAGUAUACAAUGAUACUAGUUCUUAUUCUAAGUAUUCUGACAUGGAUCACAACAAAUAAUUACUACAAUUACACGUAUUCAAAACCUCAGGAUUGUCAAGAUGUUCAAAAAUACGGGCAUAAUAAAACUGGUGUUUAUACAAUAUACCCGGAAGGAACUUUGGGAUUUCCGGUCAGGUGUGAUUUUAAUGAUUCUACUUUCGGUGCAUGGACUGUGAUACAACGUCGCGUUUCAGCCAGUGACUUCUACAAAAGCUGGAAUGAAUAUCAGGUUGGAUUUGGUGAUCUAAGCGACAAUUUCUGGCUUGGAAAUCAACAAAUUCAUAUGAUUACAAGGCAAGGCUGGUAUGAGCUACGCAUUGAUAUUGUAUCUCCUGAAUAUGAAGUGGCACAUGCGUUAUAUAAUGUGUUCUAUGUCGGGGAUGCGAAGUCACAAUAUGAACUGUUUGUUGAUGGAUAUAGUGGGACAGCCGGGGAUAGUAUGAAGUCACACAAUGGAAAGAAAUUUACAACUAAAGAUAAAGAUAAUGACCAUUAUGAACAUAAUUGUGCAGUGCUAUAUAAAGGUGCAUGGUGGUAUGGAUCAUGCCAUGCAGCAAAUCUUAAUGGUGACUAUGGUAAUACUGAUUAUGCCAAAGGUUUGUCUUGGGAUACUUGGAAAGGAUAUUACCUUUCAAUGAAAACCACAGAAAUGAAGAUUCGGCGAUGGCAGUCCCUGAAUAUGCAGGGAUAAAAUUAUAUGACA